GCGAUCGUCUGUAAAAUCAUGUAAACACGACACUGACCGUCACAUAAAGAUCUCUGACCUCUCUCUCUCUCUCUCUCUCUCUCUCUCUCUCUCUCUCUCAGUUUCCCACCUGAUUUCUCGCCAUUUUCUCAACUGCUUCUUCUUCCUCUUUCUUUACAUGCAAGACUGUGUUUUUGAUUUGAUUUGGUAAUUCGUAUCGAUGGCGGCUCUUACCGUGAAUUACUGGCUAACGGAGCAUCCAGCGAUCGUUAACUUCCGUUGGAGCCCUACCCAAUUAUACGCCUCCACGUGGUAUUUCCUCUUCACCGCCAUCUCAUCUUACGUCAUCGCCGCCGUGACUCUCCACCUCCUUCUCGCAAUCCUCCCAAUCCGACGGAGCCGCGGCCUCUCCCUCGGCCCCAUCCCGGCUCUACACAGCUUAUCCAUGGCUUUAAUCUCCGCCGUUAUAUUCGUCGGGAUCCUCCUCUCCGCCGCCGCAGAGAUCCGCGACACGCGCUGGCUAUGGCGACGAACGCGCACGACGGCUCUCCAGUGGUUCCUCUGUUUUCCCGUGGGCACACGCGCUUCAGGGCGCGUGUUCUUCUGGUCAUACGCGUUUUACCUCUCUCGAUUCCUUCACUUGUUACGUACUUUCUUCUCAGUGAUACUGCGUCGUAAGCUCAGCUUCUUCCAGCUCAUCAACCAGUCUUCUCUCCUCUGUAUCUCCUUCCUCUGGCUCGAAUACUCACAAUCUUUCCAGGUAUUAGCGAUACUAUUGACGACCGUUUCAUACGCCGUCGUAUACGGUUACAGGUUCUGGACGGCGAUCGGGUUACGUGGCGCAUGUUUUCCGUUCGUGGUUAACUGUCAAGCCGUUCUGUUAGGGUGCUUGACGGUGUGCCACGUAGGCGUUCUCUGCAUCCACCUGGUCAAACGCGGUGGUUGUAACGGUAUCGGUGCUUGGCUGUUUAACUCCGUUCUAAACGCCGUUAUCUCGUUGCUCUACUUGAACUUUUAUGUCAAGACGGGUUCAAUGACGACGUCUACACUCACGUAAACAAUAGUUUAUGUGCGUAUUUUUGCAUUAUUGAGAACGAUGUAUUAUCAUCCGGAGAAAAAUCUACUUCAGGGAAAAUUUUAAAACUGGAGAACAGAUUUUUUUUUCCUGUUGUUGUAUGAUGAUUAAGUUUUACUGUGGUGUAGAAAUGUAGAAUUCUGGAAUAUGUAUACUAACGAUUGGGGCUAGGAUUAAUUGUAGUUGAUCCGACACAAAAAAUAAUAAUGAAAUGAAUGUACUA